AUGGCCAGAUUUGCUUUAGUGGAGAAAGAGAACUGCUUGGACAGUGGUGCUGGGUGUCUUUUCUAUCACCGCCACUAUGUGGGGGGCACCCCAGGAGACCUGGAGGAGAUCUUUUUCUACCCUGGGGUAUCAGUGGUCCAGGUGUCAGGAAAGUACAAGAAAUACCUGAGAAGGCUGGUCUUUGUGACUGACAAGUUCCCCUUCCUGCCUUUUGGGAAAGACACAGGCAUGAGUUUCAACGCUGUGCCCCUGUACCCCAAUACUGUUCUACGAUUCAUCAGUGGCCAAUCUGGCUCUGUUAUCGAUGCCAUUGGCUUCCACUGGGACACCUACCCCAGUGACUACGAGAACUGCUGA